AAUCACAUUUUUCCAACUGUUUUUCAUAUUAGAGUCUCUCUGAUCAAAUAAACCCAAAUUAAAAAAGAGAGAAGAAAGCCAUGAAUGCUUUAGCAGCAACCAACAGAAACUUCAAGCUAGCUUCUAGGCUUCUUGGUUUAGACUCAAAGCUCGAGAAAAGUCUUCUCAUUCCCUUCAGAGAGAUCAAGGUGGAAUGUACCAUACCGAAAGAUGAUGGAACUCUUGCAUCGUUUGUUGGAUUCAGAGUUCAACACGACAAUGCAAGAGGUCCCAUGAAAGGUGGAAUCAGAUAUCAUCCAGAGGUCGAACCGGAUGAAGUAAACGCUUUGGCUCAACUCAUGACAUGGAAAACAGCAGUGGCUAAGAUACCUUAUGGAGGAGCCAAAGGAGGAAUCGGUUGUGACCCGAGCCAGCUAAGUAUCUCCGAACUCGAACGUUUGACUCGAGUUUUCACUCAGAAGAUCCAUGAUCUCAUCGGGAUUCAUACCGAUGUUCCAGCUCCUGAUAUGGGAACCGGUCCUCAGACAAUGGCUUGGAUUCUUGAUGAAUACUCAAAAUUCCAUGGACACUCGCCUGCUGUUGUGACCGGAAAACCCAUUGACCUUGGUGGAUCUCUUGGGAGAGACGCUGCUACAGGAAGAGGAGUGUUAUUUGCAACAGAAGCUUUACUCAAUGAAUAUGGAAAGAGCAUAUCUGGACAGCGAUUCGCCAUCCAGGGUUUUGGAAAUGUGGGUUCUUGGGCAGCGAAGUUGAUAAGUGAAAAAGGUGGUAAGAUUGUGGCGGUGAGUGAUGUCACAGGAGCAAUCAAAAACAUGAAUGGAAUUGACAUCUUGAGUUUGCUCGAGCAUGCCGAAGAAAACAGAGGAAUCAAAGGGUUUGAUGGUGCUGAUUCAAUCGAUCCUGAUUCGAUUCUUGUCGAAGAUUGUGAUAUUCUUGUCCCUGCAGCUCUAGGCGGUGUCAUCAAUAGGGAAAAUGCAAACGAAAUCAAAGCGAAAUUCAUCAUUGAAGGUGCUAAUCACCCAACUGAUCCUGAGGCUGAUGAGAUCUUGAAGAAGAAAGGUGUUGUAAUCCUCCCAGAUAUAUACGCAAACUCGGGAGGAGUCACUGUAAGUUACUUCGAGUGGGUUCAGAAUAUACAAGGAUUCAUGUGGGAUGAAGAAAAGGUGAACAAGGAGCUAAAGACCUACAUGACUCGCGGGUUCAAAGACUUGAAAGAGAUGUGUAUGACUCACUCAUGUGAUCUCCGUAUGGGGGCUUUCACUCUUGGUAUUAACCGUGUCGCUCAAGCUACAGUUAUCAGAGGUUGGGGUUCUUGAAACCCCAUGAAAACUAAAGAACAAGAAUUCAGAUAAUCCUUCAAUAUUGUUGAUUUGCUUUGCGAUUUGAAUCAAUUUUCGAGUAAUAAAAACUAUGUGCUGAU